AUGCCUUAUCUCACGAAAGAGGAACUCGAAGCUAUCUUUGCUAAUCAACCACUUGCAAACGGUGGACCUUUUUGGACCCGCGUAGCAGAGGAUGUCGAUUGGACUAUUAUGGGCAGUGGCCCAGGCACUGGACGUUACACCAACCUUGCCGAACUUCGGGCCAACACAAUUGAAAAGUUGAUCAAAGCACUUCAAGGCCCACUGGAAUUGAAGAUGGUGAAUGUUUACUUUGGAGGCGAGAAUUACGAGUGGACAACAAUGGAGCUAGAAGCUCGUAGCAUUCGAAAAUCCGGCAAAGAGUACUUCAACUGUUACGCUUUGGUAAUGAAGUGGAACGAUGAGGGUAAAGUGAUUUCUGUCAGAGACUACCUUGACACUGCCCUCAUUGAAGAGGUUUGGAAGGAAGCUGAGGCGAUGGGACUAUUUUAA